UUCCUCCAAGCAGAGGGUGGCUCGUGGGAGGAGUUCAGUUUGCUAAGUACUGUCAUUUGCUGAGAGAAGGUGUGUGCUCCAGAGCGAGUUUUAACCUGGAGGAUUGUUAACACAUUAACUCUUUCAGUCAGCUGGAGAGGGAGAGCGGCGGUGGUGGCGGGGCGAGUUCAAACUCAACCUGGACACAUCUGUUCCGGAAGGUCAGGGAGGAGUGGAAUCGCUUUUCCAUGGGGGAUCACUUUGAGAAGGGCCAGCAUGCUUUGCUCAACGAAGGAGAAGAAAAUGAGAUGGAGAUAUUUGGCUACCGGACUCAGAGUUGCCGGAAAACCCUCUGCCUUGCUGGAUCCAUCUUCUCCUUUGGGAUCCUUCCCUUGGUGUUUUACUGGAAACCCGCUUGGCACGUGUGGGCAAAUUGCAUCCCGUGCUCCUUGCAAGAGGCAGAUGUCGUGUUGCUGAGGACAACGGAUGAAUUCCAGACUUACUCUCGGAAAAAGGUAAUGUGGAUCUGCCUGUCAGCCUUGAACAGCGCGUUUCGGCUCAGUCCUGACAAUCCUUUCAUCACGGACGAGGAGAGUAUCAUAAAUAGAGCCGUAAGAAAGCCAGACCUAAAGGUGAGAUGCAUAAAAGUGCAGAAGAUAAGAUAUGUUUGGGACAACUUGGAAGGACAUUUCCAGAAAAUUGGCUGUUUGGAAGACUGCCUAAGUUCUGCCAAGAUACACCUAAAGUUUGGAUCUGGUCUGACAACUGAAGAACAAGAGAUUAGGAGGUUAAUAUGUGGGCCAAAUACUAUCGAUGUUGAAAUCACACCCAUUUGGAAGCUGCUCAUCAAGGAGGUUUUAAAUCCAUUUUAUGUAUUUCAACUCUUCAGUGUCUGUCUGUGGUUUAGUGAAGACUAUAAGGAGUAUGCUUUUGCCAUCAUAAUCAUGUCCAUCAUUUCCAUCGCUCUGACUGUAUAUGAUCUCAGAGAGCAAUCUGUAAAGCUCCACCGUUUAGUUGAAGCACAUAAUAACAUUACAGUCUCUAUAUGUGGGAAAAAUGCUGGAGUCCAGGAGCUGGAAUCACGCUUCCUGGUACCUGGAGAUCUAUUAAUUCUGAUGGGGAGCAAAGUGCACAUGCCAUGUGAUGCCAUUCUGAUUGAUGGCAGCUGCGUGGUGAAUGAAGGCAUGCUGACAGGAGAAAGUAUUCCAGUCACUAAAACUCCAUUACCUAAGAUGGAUGGCUCAGUGCCCUGGAAAACACAGAGUGAAGGGGAGUACAAGCGGCAUGUCCUCUUCUGUGGAACGGAGGUUAUCCAGGCCAAGGGGGCCUGCUCCAGCACCGUGAAAGCAGUGGUACUGCAGACAGGAUUCAACACUGCAAAGGGAGACCUCGUGAGGUCCAUUCUCUACCCCAAGCCGAUGAAUUUUAAGCUCUACAGAGACGCCAUCAGGUUCCUCCUGUGCCUCGUAGGGACAGCCACCAUUGGGAUGAUCUAUACUUUGUGCAUCUAUGUGCUCAGUGGGGAAACUCCCGGGGAGGUAGUGAAGAAAGCCCUUGACGUCAUCACAAUUGCAGUUCCUCCCGCUCUGCCUGCUGCUCUGACCACAGGCAUUAUGUAUGCCCAGAGGAGGCUGAAGAAGAGAGGCAUCUUCUGCAUUAGCCCCCAGAGGAUCAACGUAUGUGGACAAUUAAACCUGGUCUGCUUUGACAAGACAGGCACCUUAACAAGGGAUGGCUUGGAUCUCUGGGGAGUCGUGCCUUGUGAUGGGAAGGGUUUCCAGGAAGUCCACAGGUUUACCUCAGGCAGGACUUUGCCAUGGGGCCCACUGUGUGCAGCCAUGACCAGCUGCCACUCUCUGAUCCUUCUUGAUGGGACCAUCCAGGGAGACCCACUGGACCUCAAAAUGUUUGAGGCCACCACCUGGGAAAUGGUGGCUUCCGGGGACGAUUUCCACCUCAAGGGAGUGCCAGGAUGUGCCAUGGUUGUUAAGCCCUGUGGAACAUCCAGUCAGGCCCCAGUGGAAGGACUUGCAAUCCUGCAUCAGUUCCCAUUCUCCUCGGCGCUGCAGAGGAUGACCGUCGUCGUCCAAGAGAUGGGGGGUGACCAGCUGGUGUUCAUGAAAGGUGCGCCAGAGAGGGUGGCCAGCUUUUGCCAACCUGAGACAGUACCAACUAGUUUUGUUAGUGAGCUUCAGAUUUACACGACACAGGGCUUCCGGGUCAUAGGACUGGCCUACAAAAAGCUGGAAAUGGAUCACCACAUUUCUGCCUUGAUGAGUCAUUCAUAUACUUCCAGGGACCAGGUAGAAUCAGACCUGAUAUUUCUGGGACUGCUGAUCUUGGAGAAUCGACUGAAAGAAGAGACGAAACCUGUCCUUGAAGAGCUUAUCUCAGCCCGGAUAAGGACUGUGAUGAUCACAGGUGACAAUCUUCAGACUGCAAUAACAGUGGCCAGAAAGUCUGGGAUGGUUUCUGAAAGCCAGAAAGUCAUUCUCAUUGAAGCAAAUGAAACAACUGGGUCCUCAUCAGCAUCUAUUUCUUGGAAACUACUAGAAGAGAAGAAACACAUUGCAUACAGGAAUCAGGACAAUUACAUUAAUAUCAGGGAAGAAAUCUCUGAUAAUAGCAAAGAAGGAAGUUACCAUUUUGCUCUAAAUGGAAAAUCCUUCCAGGUUAUAAGUCAACAUUUCAGUAGCCUACUGCCAAAGAUACUGAUGAAUGGAACCAUCUUUGCAAGAAUGUCUCCGGGGCAGAAAUCCAGUCUGGUGGAAGAAUUUCAGAAACUAGAUUACUUUGUAGGUAUGUGUGGUGAUGGAGCCAAUGACUGUGGGGCUUUGAAAAUGGCUCAUGUGGGCGUCUCUUUAUCAGAGCAGGAGGCGUCUGUGGCUUCGCCUUUCACCUCCAAAACUCCGAACAUUGAAUGUGUGCCUCACCUUAUCAAGGAAGGCCGUGCAGCUCUCGUCACCUCAUUUUGCAUGUUUAAGUACAUGGCUCUGUACAGCAUGAUUCAAUAUGUUGGUGUUCUGCUGCUCUACUGGGAGACAAACAACCUUUCAAAUUACCAGUUUCUGUUCCAGGAUCUGGCCAUUACAACUAUUAUUGGUGUAACAAUGAAUUUGAACGGUGCCUAUCCCAAGCUGGUGCCUUUCAGACCAGCAGGACGGCUGAUCUCCCCGCCUCUGCUGCUCUCCGUGAUUCUCAACAUUCUUCUCAGCCUCGCCAUGCACACUGUGGGCUUCAUUCUGGUUCAGAGGCAGCCAUGGUAUUCCAUGGGGCUGCACAGUGCCUGCACAGUGCAAAAUGACACCAUUUCAAAGUUAACCAUUUCUCCAACUGCUCCAGUAAAGAAUGGAACUAAUGGUGUCUUCACAAGUUUUGAGAACACUACUAUAUGGUUCUUGGGAACAAUCAACUGCAUCAUUGUGGCUCUUGUCUUCUCUAAAGGAAAACCAUUCAGGCAGCCCACAUACAAAAACUAUAUAUUUGUCCUUGUGCUGGUCGUACAGCUGAGUGUGUGUCUAUUCAUUCUAUUUGCUGAUAUUCCAGAAUUAUAUAGGUGCCUGGAUCUGCUCUGCACUCCUGUCCUGUGGAGGGUCUACAUCAUCAUUAUGCUGAGCUCCAAUUUCAUUGUGUCCCUUGUCGUGGAGGAGGCCAUUAUUGAAAAUAGAGCCCUGUGGAUGAUAAUCAAAAGAUGUUUUGGCUAUCAAUCAAAAAGCCAGUAUCGGAUAUGGCAGAGAGCCUUGGCAAAUGACCCCAGCUGGCCCCCAGUAAACCAGACCUCCUACUCUGAUAUGCCAGAAUGUGGCAGGGGAGUGUCUUACAGCAACCCAGUGUUUGAGAGCAACGAGGAUCAACUAUGAAGACAAUGUGAUAUCCAAGUUUAUAUAACAUAGAAACAAUGACAAAAGGGAGCAAUUUCAGUUAUUUUAUUUUUUUUAAGCAACAAGACUCUUAUAAUAUCAGCUGGAGGUUUUGGAAUCAAAAACCUAUCCAAUCAUGGUGACAAAUUAAAGUCUUUUUGAUAAGAUACUUUCUACAGAGCUGAACACUGCCCUAAGGAGAGCAUUUUUCUCCUGGCUUCUGAAAGUAUUAGAAGAAUAUCCCAGGGAUGGCAAAGGGCCAAGAGAUUGCCUGGCUGAAGGAGGAGAGUAUGUAAUCUUUCUUCUUAGAUGUAUAUGUUUUAAUGAGUUGAGGGAAAGUAGCAUAGAACUAUAAACAUGUUGAAGAUCAUUUUUGAAUUCUUAUUUUAUUGAUCGAAAAACAAAUGCUGGAGAACCAUC